AUGGUAGCUUCCACCAAAAGAAAGAGAGAUGAAGAUUUUCCACUUUCGAGGGAAGACUCCACAAAGCAGCCCUCUACCUCAUCAUUAGUAAGGAACACUGAGGAAGUCUCUUUUCCAAGGGGUGGUGCGUCUGCUUUGACUCCUUUAGAACUGAAACAAGUUGCUAACGAAGCUGCAAGUGAUGUGUUAUUUGGUAAUGAAAGUGUCAAAGCAUCUGAACCAGCAAGUAGACCCUUGAAAAAGAAGAAGACAACAAAGAAAUCCACUUCUAAAGAUUCCGAGGCCUCAUCAGCAAACUCUGAUGAAGCUAGAGCUGGACUAAUUGAACAUGUCAACUUUAAAACGUUGAAGAAUGGCUCUUCUUUGCUUGGUCAGAUUUCUGCUAUCACUAAACAAGAUUUAUGUAUAACAUUCACAGACGGAAUUUCUGGUUAUGUGAACCUAACACAUAUCUCAGAAGAAUUUACUUCGAUUUUGGAAGAUCUGGAUGAAGAUAUGGAUAGUGAUACUGAUGCUGCUGAUGAGAAAAAAUCCAAAGUUGAAGAUGCAGAAUACGAAUCGUCCGACGACGAAGAUGAAAAAUUAGAUAAAUCUAAUGAAUUACCUAAUUUAAGAAGGUACUUUCACAUUGGUCAAUGGCUAAGAUGCUCUGUCAUCAAGAAUACCUCUUUAGAACCAUCAACUAAGAAAUCCAAAAAGAAGAGAAUAGAGUUAACCAUCGAACCUUCAUCCGUCAACAUAUACGCAGAUGAAGAUUUGGUUAAAUCCACGUCUAUUCAAUGCGCGGUCAAAUCCAUCGAGGAUCACGGUGCUACCUUAGAUGUUGGUCUGCCAGGCUUUACAGGGUUCAUUGCUAAGAAGGAUUUUGGCAAUUUUGAAAAAUUAUUGCCGGGGGCUGUUUUCUUAGGUAAUAUCACCAAAAAAUCCGACAGAUCAAUUGUUGUAAAUACAGACUUUUCGGACAAGAAAAACAAAAUUACUCAAAUCUCCUCAAUUGAUGCCAUUAUCCCUGGUCAAAUCGUCGACUUAUUGUGUGAAUCAAUCACUAAAAAUGGUAUUGCCGGUAAAGUUUUUGGGUUAGUAUCCGGUGUUGUCAACGUAUCACAUUUAAGAACAUUUUCCGAAGAAGAUUUAAAGCAUAAAUUUGUUAUUGGUUCUAGUAUUAGAUGCCGAAUUAUUGCUUGUUUAGAAAACAAAAGCGGUGACAAGGUCUUGAUUUUGUCAAACCUUCCACACAUUUUAAAACUAGAAGACGCUUUGAGAUCUACUGAAGGUCUUGAUGCAUUCCCUAUCGGCUACACAUUUGAAUCAUGCAGCAUUAAAGGGCGUGAUUCCGAAUAUCUAUACUUAGCAUUGGAUGAUGAUAGAUUAGGUAAAGUACAUUCUUCAAGAGUUGGUGAAAUUGAAAAUUCAGAAAAUUUAAGUUCCAGGGUCCUUGGUUAUAGCCCUGUUGAUGACAUUUAUCAAUUGUCCACUGAUCCAAAAUACCUAAAAUUAAAGUAUCUAAGAACAAAUGAUAUUCCAAUCGGAGAAUUAUUACCAAGUUGUGAAAUAACUUCCGUCUCUAGUUCAGGUAUUGAAUUGAAGAUAUUUAACGGGCAAUUUAAGGCUUCUGUUCCACCAUUACACAUUUCAGAUACCAGGCUAGUUUAUCCAGAAAGGAAGUUCAAGAUAGGUUCUAAGGUUAAAGGUAGAGUUAUAUCAGUUAAUUCAAGAGGUAAUGUGCAUGUCACUUUGAAAAAAUCAUUAGUUAAUAUUGAAGACAACGAAUUACCACUGGUUUCCACUUAUGAAAACGCCAAAAAUAUCAAAGAAAAAAAUGAAAAGACUUUAGCAACUAUUCAAGUUUUCAAACCAAAUGGUUGCAUCAUUUCCUUUUUUGGUGGUUUAUCGGGAUUUUUACCUAAUUCUGAGAUCUCAGAAGUCUUUGUGAAGAGACCAGAAGAACAUUUAAGACUCGGUCAAACAGUAAUAGUAAAACUUCUUGACGUCGAUGCUGACAGGAGGAGAAUUAUUGCCACAUGCAAAGUUUCAAAUGAACAGGCUGCCCAACAAAAAGAUACCAUUGAAAAUAUUGUUCCAGGCAGAACAAUCAUUACUGUCCAUGUUAUCGAAAAAACCAAAGAUUCUGUUAUUGUUGAAAUUCCUGAUGUUGGCUUGCGUGGUGUCAUCUACGUUGGUCAUCUCUCUGAUUCCAGAAUUGAACAAAAUAGGGCUCAGUUGAAAAAGCUCAGAAUCGGCACUGAACUGACUGGUUUGGUAAUUGAUAAAGAUACAAGAACCCGCGUUUUCAAUAUGUCCCUCAAAAGUUCUCUGAUUAAAGACGCUAAAAAGGAGACUCUUCCAUUAACAUAUGAUGAUGUUAAGGAUCUAAAUAAAGAUGUACCAAUGCACGCUUACAUUAAAUCCAUUUCUGAUAAGGGUCUCUUUGUUGCAUUUAACGGUAAGUUCAUUGGGUUGGUUUUACCAAGUUACGCUGUUGAUAGUAGGGAUAUUGAUAUCAGCAAGGCGUUUUAUAUUAACCAAUCCGUUACCGUCUAUUUAUUAAGAACAGACGACAAAAACCAGAAAUUCCUAUUAUCUCUAAAAGCUCCAAAGGUCAAAGAAGAGAAGAAGAAAGUUGAAUCUAAUAUCGAAGAUCCUGUUGAUUCGUCUAUCAAAAGCUGGGACGAUUUGUCUAUUGGUAGUAUUGUUAAAGCAAAAAUCAAGAGCGUCAAGAAAAAUCAAUUGAAUGUUAUUUUAGCGGCAAAUUUGCAUGGCAGAGUGGACAUUGCUGAAGUGUUUGACACGUAUGAAGAAAUUACAGAUAAGAAACAGCCGUUGAGUAAUUACAAAAAAGACGAUGUCAUCAAGGUAAAAAUCAUAGGUAAUCACGAUGUCAAGAGCCAUAAGUUCUUGCCGAUUACACACAAAAUCUCAAAGGCUAGCGUUUUGGAAUUAUCCAUGAAACCAUCAGAAUUAAAAUCUAAGGAAGUGCACACAAAAAGUCUUGAGGAAAUCAACAUUGGGCAAGAGUUAACUGGCUUUGUCAACAAUUCAUCAGGUAACCACCUAUGGCUAACAAUUUCUCCAGUUUUGAAGGCGAGAAUUUCUCUACUAGAUUUAGCUGAUAACGAUUCAAAUUUUUCAGAAAAUAUUGAAUCUGUUUUCCCAUUAGGUUCAGCCCUCCAAGUGAAAGUUGCCUCUAUUGACCGCGAGCAUGGCUUUGUCAAUGCCAUUGGAAAGAGUCAUGUUGACAUAAAUAUGUCCACAAUUAAAGUUGGUGAUGAAUUGCCAGGUCGUGUUCUAAAAAUAGCUGAAAAGUAUGUUUUGUUAGACCUUGGUAACAAAGUGACUGGUAUUUCCUUUAUUACGGAUGCGUUAAAUGAUUUCUCCCUAACAUUGAAGGAAGCUUUUGAAGACAAAAUUAACAACGUCAUUCCAACUACCGUUUUAUCUGUUGAUGAACAGAAUAAGAAAAUUGAACUAUCCCUUCGUCCUGCUACUGCAAAAACUCGUUCGAUCAAAUCUCAUGAAGAUUUGAAGCAAGGCGAGAUUGUAGAUGGUAUUGUUAAGAAUGUGAAUGACAAAGGUAUUUUUGUUUACUUGAGUAGGAAAGUUGAAGCCUUUGUCCCUGUUAGUAAACUAUCUGAUUCUUACUUGAAGGAAUGGAAGAAGUUUUACAAGCCUAUGCAAUACGUUUUGGGAAAAGUCGUUACAUGCGAUGAAGAUUCUCGUAUUUCUCUAACCCUAAGAGAAUCCGAAAUAAAUGGUGAUUUAAAGGUUCUAAAGACCUAUUCAGACAUUAAGGCUGGUGAUGUUUUCGAGGGUACAAUUAAAAGCGUCACUGAUUUUGGUGUUUUCGUCAAACUAGAUAACACUGUUAAUGUUACUGGUUUGGCACAUAUUACUGAAAUUGCGGACAAAAAACCUGAAGAUCUUUCUGCCUUGUUUGGUGUUGGGGACAGAGUAAAAGCUAUUGUUUUGAAAACAAAUCCAGAAAAAAAACAAAUUUCAUUGAGCUUGAAAGCGUCUCAUUUCUCUAAAGAAGCCGAAUUGGCUUCUACUACCACCACCACUACUACUGUGGAUCAACUGGAAAAGGAGGAUGAAGAUGAAGUCAUGGCAGAUGCUGGCUUCAACGAUUCCGACAGCGAAUCUGAUAUCGGAGACCAAAACACCGAAGUUGCCGAUAGGAAGCCUGAAACAUCUUCGGAUGGGCUAUCCUUGAGUGCUGGUUUUGAUUGGACUGCUUCCAUUUUGGAUCAAGCGCAAGAAGAAGAAGAGUCUGACCAAGAUCAAGAAGACUUUACUGAAAAUAAGAAACACAAGCACAAGAGAAGAAAGGAAAAUGUUGUUCAGGAUAAGACCAUUGAUAUCAACACUAGGGCACCAGAAUCUGUUGCCGAUUUUGAACGUCUACUUAUCGGUAAUCCAAAUUCGUCCGUAGUGUGGAUGAACUAUAUGGCUUUCCAACUACAACUGAGUGAGAUCGAGAAGGCUCGAGAGCUCGCAGAACGUGCGCUAAAGACCAUCAACUUCAGAGAAGAAGCCGAGAAGUUGAAUAUUUGGAUUGCAAUGCUGAAUUUAGAAAAUACUUUUGGUACCGAAGAAACUUUAGAAGAAGUGUUUAGCAGGGCUUGUCAGUAUAUGGACUCAUAUACUAUUCAUACAAAACUGCUUGGUAUUUAUGAAAUAAGUGAAAAGUUCGACAAAGCAGCAGAAUUAUUCAAAGCUACAGCUAAGAAAUUUGGCGGCGAGAAAGUUUCUAUCUGGGUAUCGUGGGGUGAUUUUUUGAUCAGCCACAAUGAAGAGCAAGAGGCACGUACUAUUUUAGGUAAUGCUUUGAAGGCCCUACCAAAGCGUAAUCAUAUCGAGGUUGUCCGCAAGUUUGCUCAAUUAGAAUUUGCAAAGGGUGACCCAGAAAGGGGUCGGUCAUUAUUCGAAGGUUUGGUUGCUGAUGCGCCAAAGAGAAUUGACCUGUGGAACGUUUACGUAGACCAGGAAGUGAAGGCAAAAGAUAAGAAGAAGGUGGAAGAUUUAUUUGAGAGAAUAAUAACCAAAAAAAUAACAAGGAAGCAGGCUAAGUUUUUCUUUAAUAAAUGGUUACAAUUUGAGGAAUCUGAAGGUGACGAAAAGACCAUUGAAUACGUUAAAGCUAAAGCUACUGAGUAUGUCGCUAGCCAUGAAUCUCAAAAAGCAGACGAAUAA